UAGGGAACAGGUUCUUGCUAGUUUCCACUGCAGCCACUCAGCCCUUUUUUCCAGUGCACCUGAGAUCUCCCUCUCUCUUCUUCUCUUCUCUCUCUCACAUACUGUAUCUUUAAUUCACUUUCAAUGUAGUGUUUCUCACAUAAUUUCUCAUAAUCUCUUUCACAUUUACCACAUCUCUGUUCUCUCUACAUAUAGCCCUCUCUCUCCGUCACUCCAGUCUUCUUUCACACAUUCUUUCUCCUCCUUUGCUGUGUCCUCCUCCUCCUUCUCCUCCUCCUCCUCCUCCUCCUCCUCUUCCUUCUCCACCUCCCACUACAUCUCUCCAGCUGCUUAACUGGAAACAAAAGUGAGUUUGUUGUGUGAAGAAAGAACUUGUGGAGGCAGUGGCCAGGGUGACAGCAGGAAAAACAGGCUGGGGUCAGAGGCAGCACCGACAGCCGGAGACUCCAGCACUCGGCUAUUCCAGGGAGCAGGGUCUCCAGCUGCUGAGCAGCUCCAGGACAUCCUGGGGGAGGAAGAUGAGGCUCCCAACCCCACUCUCUUCACAGAGAUGGACACUCUGCAACAUGACGGGGACCAGAUGGAGUGGAAGGAGUCAGCCAGGUGGAUAAAGUUUGAAGAAAAGGUCGAGGAAGGAGGCGAACGCUGGAGCAAGCCCCAUGUGUCCACGCUGUCCCUGCACAGCCUCUUCGAGCUCCGUACCUGCCUGCAGACGGGGACAGUGCUGCUGGAUCUGGACAGUGUCUCCUUACCACAGAUCAUAGAUGAUGUCAUUGAGAAGCAGAUUGAGGAUGGGCUCCUGCGACCAGAGCUUCGGGAAAGGGUCAGUUAUGUCCUCCUGAGGAAGCAUCGUCACCAAACCAAGAAGCCCAUCCACCGUUCCUUAGUGGACAUUGGAAAGUCAGUCUCCUCCACCUCAAAUCGCAGUCCUGCCCGGAGCCCUGCAGCUGGCUCAAGUCUACAUCGCUCCACUGAGGACCUGAGGAUGAGGCAGAGCGCAAAUUAUGGACAUCUGCGUCACGCCCAGAGCAGAAGUAUGAAUGACAUCUCUCACACCCCAAACACAGACCAGCGGAAAAACAAAUUCAUGAAGAAGAUCCCCAAGGACUCAGAAGCCUCCAAUGUACUUGUGGGUGAGGUGGACUUCCUGGAUCAGCCAUUCAUUGCAUUUGUGCGUCUCAUCCAGUCUGCCAUGCUAGGUGGAGUGACUGAGGUGCCCGUCCCUACCAGAUUUCUGUUCAUACUGCUGGGACCUUCUGGGAGAGCAAAAUCCUACAAUGAAAUUGGCCGUGCCAUUGCAACCCUGAUGGUAGAUGAUCUCUUCAGUGAUGUGGCGUAUAAAGCCCGCAAUCGCGAGGAUCUGAUUGCAGGAAUUGAUGAGUUUUUGGAUGAGGUCAUUGUUCUUCCCCCUGGAGAAUGGGACCCAAAUAUCCGAAUUGAGCCACCCAAGAAAGUGACCUCGGCUGACAAAAGGAAAUCUGUGUUCUCCCUGGCUGACGUAGGCCAAAUGAAUGGCUCCGUGGGAGGAGGUGGUGGCUCAGCUGGAGGAGGAGGCGGUGGUGGCGGUGCUGGUGGCGGUGGCAGUGGUGCAGGAGGCAGCGGGGAUGAUGGAGAGAUGCCAGCUGUGCACGAAAUUGGGGAGGAGCUUAUCUGGACAGGAAGGUUCUUUGGUGGACUGUGUCUGGAUAUCAAGAGGAAGUUGCCUUGGUUCCCAAGUGACUUCUAUGAUGGCUUCCACAUUCAGUCCAUCUCUGCCAUCCUAUUCAUCUACCUCGGCUGUAUCACCAACGCAAUCACCUUUGGUGGGCUUCUGGGAGAUGCCACCGACAACUAUCAGGGAGUGAUGGAGAGCUUCCUGGGCACUGCCAUGGCCGGCUCCUUGUUCUGCCUCUUCUCGGGACAGCCUCUCAUCAUCCUCAGCAGCACAGGGCCCAUCCUUAUCUUUGAGAAGCUCCUCUUUGACUUCAGCAAAGGCAAUGGCCUAGACUACAUGGAGUUCCGCCUCUGGAUUGGCCUACACUCAGCCAUCCAGUGCCUUGUCCUGGUGGCCACAGAUGCCAGCUUUAUCAUCAAAUAUAUCACCCGAUUCACCGAGGAGGGCUUCUCCACCCUCAUCAGCUUCAUCUUCAUCUAUGAUGCCAUCAAGAAGAUGAUCGGUGCCUUCAAGUACUACCCCAUCAACAGGGACUUCAAGCCCGACUCCAUCACCACCUACAAAUGCGAGUGUGUUGCCCCUGACACAGUGAAUACAACUGUGUUCAAUGCCUCAGCCUCGCCAGCACCAAACCUCAAUGCUUCUCUGUACGAUCCCCUUAACCUCACAGCACUGGACUGGUCCCUGCUGAGCAAGAAGGAGUGUCUGAGCUAUGGUGGGCGCCUACUUGGGAACUCCUGCCAGUUCAUUCCAGACCUGGCACUUAUGUCCUUCAUUCUUUUCUUUGGGACUUACUCCAUGACCUUGACUUUGAAGAAAUUCAAAUUCAGCCGCUAUUUUCCUACCAAGGUCCGUGCCCUGGUGGCUGACUUUUCCAUUAUUUUCUCCAUCCUGAUGUUCUGUGGAAUCGAUGCCUGUUUUGGCCUGGAAACCCCCAAGCUGCACGUGCCCAAUGUCAUCAAGCCCACACGGCCUGACCGAGGCUGGUUCGUGGCCCCCUUUGGGAAGAACCCGUGGUGGGUGUACCUGGCGAGCAUCCUGCCCGCCCUACUGGUGACCAUCCUGAUCUUCAUGGACCAGCAGAUCACAGCUGUCAUUGUUAACCGGAAGGAGAACAAGCUGAAGAAGGCUGCUGGCUACCAUCUGGACCUCUUCUGGGUGGGCAUCCUCAUGGCCCUGUGCUCCUUCACGGGGCUCCCCUGGUAUGUGGCUGCCACAGUCAUCUCCAUUGCCCACAUCGACAGCCUCAAGAUGGAGACGGAGACCAGCGCCCCUGGAGAGCAGCCCCAGUUCCUGGGAGUCAGGGAACAAAGAGUGACUGGGAUCAUCGUCUUCAUCCUGACAGGGACCUCUGUUUUCCUGGCUCCCGUCCUGAAGUACAUCCCCAUGCCUGUGCUGUAUGGAGUCUUCCUCUACAUGGGCGUGGCCUCCCUGAAUGGCAUCCAGUUCUGGGAACGAUGCAAGCUCUUCCUGAUGCCAGCGAAGCACCAGCCAGACCACGCCUUCCUUCGCCACGUACCCCUGCGCAGGAUCCACCUCUUCACCCUGGUGCAGAUCAUCUGCCUGGCUGUGCUCUGGAUCCUCAAGUCCACUGUGGCCGCCAUCAUCUUCCCUGUCAUGAUCCUGGGCCUCAUCAUUGUCCGAAGGCUUCUGGACUUCAUCUUCUCCCAGCAUGACCUAGCCUGGAUUGACAACAUCUUGCCAGAGAAGGAGAAAAAGGAGACAGACAAGAAGAAGAAGAGAAAGAAAGGGGCCCAUGAGGAUAGCGAUGAGGAGGAAAAAGAUCUUCCAGUUGGAGUUAUUCACUCUGAUUCUUCUUUCAGUGGCUCAGAACUCGAUCGAAGCAUCACCUUGCACUUCAAAAUCUCCUGUCCAACUUCACCUGCUUUCAGCUACCCCAGGAGCCCAGUCUUCAUGGUGCCACAGGUGAAGAUAGAGAUGGAGUCUGACUAUGACUUCACAGACAUAGAAGAAUAUGGAAGAGAGGCCCACGGUGAGACCACCCUUUAGGAUGAUGCAGCUUCUCCCCGCCUGGGCAAGGGCCUGGUUUAGUUUUAAUUGAGUCUUAACUUCUCUGUGCCUGUCUCUUUAUGUACCGGAGUGGUCCUUCUGCCCUAUAGAAAACUGGCCAUCCUUCAGUGGAAAGUCCUACUUAGAUGCAAAGCUCUCUUCAUCCCUUUGUAGUUAUUAAAAUAUCUAAAUGUAAACAUUAUACCUUAUUUUAAAAUGCAGUUCAGCAUAGAAAACAUAACAUUUCUUUUGAAAUGAAAAAAAAAUGCUUGCCUCUUAAAAACAUAAGAUAAAUGGGCAAUAGUCAAUUUUAUAUUUAAGACAAGUAUUAAUUAAAAAUUUUAAAGGUUAGAUUGAAAUCUAGGUGGUUUUAAAGAACUUUUAACAUAUUCUUACAUCAAUAGGCCAAGGCUGGAAUAUUGUUUUGCAAAAUUGCAUAUUUUUAUGCAAUUUUGGUUGGCUUUAACAGGUUGACAUGUUAUUACUUCUUCAAGCAGAGUGAUGCUGGAAAGGUCCUACCUUUUCUCUGAAUCUCAUUCAGCUAAGUUUGAAUUUGCAUUGUGGGCCUUGGUCUAGAAGUGUGACUGGGGCUUUUCUAGAUUGAAAAGCCAGUUCCAAAAGUCUGUUAAUGAAGGAACCAAUGCAUCAGAGUGGAUAAAGUUUUUUAAAAUGAAAUAGUCACUGUUAAAGUGAACCUCAAAUCAUAUGAGAUCCACAAAGUGAUCCUUUAAAUUUAUUCACUUUUUUUUUUUCCACACCUGGAUUCCAAUUUCUUUAUUUGGAAUAGGUCCUUCCUACAAGUUUUCAAUGACUGAUCCCCAAAGUCAGAUUUCUAUUUACAUGAACAUUACAUGUUAGGCAGCUAACACUUUGGAAAAUUAUAACUUGGCAAUGUUAGUCAAACCAGUCCUUUAAAAGAAUGAUUAGAAGCAAUUUGGGUAGAUUAACACCAAUUAUUAAUGAAGCAGACCCUUUCCACGUUAAACUUAAAAAGAUUAGACAUUUUAGGUUCAAUACACAUUGAAUGAGUGAGCACCAACUGUUUAUGUAAUACCUGCUAUUGCCAAUAACCACAUGCAUCUGACAUUUUCUUCUCCAAAACAACUAUGGAUUUGAAUCUUCCUUAAAUUUAACCUCAGAGCUCUCUUCCAAGGAAUACUGCCAAGAGGUAAAGCUCUAAACUUCUACCUGAUAGCAAAAUUAUUUAGCUGUUCACUAAUCCAGAACCAUCCUAUUUAAGUACAAAGUCUAUCUUCAUUUGUACCAAUCCUGGGAGAGCUAACAAUCUACCCUUAACAUUUAAGUUUUAAAGCCUGGCUGAUUUGAAAUAGUACUGUCCCCAUUAAAUUGUAGAAAUGUUAUGGAUUCAGGAGUAAAUGUGCUUGAUUAAUAAAACAAACUGGAAAAGUAUGAUGUUAGCUUUUUGUUGUAAAUUGAUCCAUGUAAUUUUUACCUUAUAUAUCCUUUAUAUUUUGUAUAUACAUGAACAUUUUAAGUCUUUAACAGGUUGACAUGUUAUUACUUCUCCAUGCAGUAAUUUUUUCCACUUUUAAUGUAACUAAAAUUCAAUAAAAAUUAAUCCUGUCUGCUCA